CUCUGAGUUGCCUCUAGUUGAUAUAUUCUCUUUGCAGGCCCGUGGUUUAAGAUUGUGAUUUUGUACUUGAGAUCGGUAAUUCGUAACCCUAGACGCAUAAUAAAAUCUGUUCUCCUCUCUGCCCGUGAAUGUGGCCAUAUUGGUGGACCACGUAAAUUUGCGUCUUCUUUACGGUUUUCUGAUUGAAUGUGCUCUUUAAUCCUAUUCCGUCACAUCUUUCUAAUUUAUCCCUCCUUACUUAUUGGCAUCACUUGGUUGUAAAAAAUGUAGCUAUUUGUAAGGAUAAAUGAUAGGGGUGGUCUUGGGUGCAACAUGUUGCACGGAGCUCCGAUUCGGACCCUUUAUACCAUUACGUUGCGUGGUGCAACAUGUUGUACCCAAGUUUUUGUCUAAAAUGAUAAGGAAAAGAUGUGGGAUCAUAUCCAUAAAGGAAAGUGACAUACUAUUUCCGGACGCCCAAAAUGACAAUUGUGAUAUACUCUUGGUGGAUGGAGGGAGUAGACACCCAAAAUGACAAUUGUGAUAUACUCUUGGUCGAUGGAGGGAGUAAAUGUCGUAUAGAGAGUACAAUAUCAUGAAGUCUUUUUGGAGAAGGUAGGAUCCCUUGUUCAACCACAUAUAAGUAAGACAAAAAUAAAGCUUCCUAUCUUUAAGUGUUAUGUACCUAAUUGUAGGAAGAUAAUAUUGCAAGUCUAUGUGGGCAAAUAUAAGAACUUCAAGUUGUAGUUAUGGGAAGUCGGGUGCUAUCUUCUUUUUCUUGUAUAGCCUCUGUUGUUCUUCAGAAUUCCUUCUAUUGCCUUUUGGGAACAAGUCCAAGCACGAUACAAAUUACUCCCUCCGUCCAAUAAAUUACUCUGCAGAAUUAGCCUGGACAACGCUAUAUCAGGUAGCCUUUACGAAAGGGAAACAUAGAGAAUUGAUGGUGAGGCCACCCUACCCACCUAUCUAUAAUGAGAAGCAAAUGCCUCGUGUCGGUGAGAUCACAGAAGUUACAGUAAUUGGUGGUGAUCUGUGGAGGGUGGGUGACUUGGUGGACUGGUGGACUAGUGACAGUUAUUGGUCUGGAAGAAUAACACAAUUAUUAGGCGAUGACGAGGCCCAGAUCGAUCUGACACCCCCACCUCUUGGCGAAGGUUCAUCUUAUAAAGGACUUCUCAAGGAUUUACGUCCAUCGUUAGACUGGUCUCCUGAACAUGGUUGGACAGUACCUACUCAGGAAGAUGACACCGGUCAUCGUUGUGCUCGCAUUAUCAAACCUGUAAAUCAAGGUUGUGGUUCAACUCUCCAUGGCAGCUACUCCCUCCGUCCCAGGCCCCAGUUCAUUUCGGCACGGAGAUUAAGAAACUCAUUUUUAGUAGUUAUUGACAGGAUAAAUCAAGUUGAGGAUUUGCAUAAUGCUGGUCAAGAAACUGCUUCUGGUGAAACGUCAGCUAGGCCGUUGUUCUCUUCUCCAGUUUCCUCCAACCCAGCUGUUGCAGAUGCAGCGAAGAGCAGAGCAGAAACAGAGAUGCCGGCACGUUCUCUGGGGAAGCCAGUUUCUAAGAAAUGGAAGAACAAACAAAAAAGAAGCCCUCGCCCGGGACCUAAUGAUAGCAGCACAAAAAAACCAAGUAGGGUAGAGGGUGAUUCUGGGCACAACGGAGCAGAUCCUGCAGCAGCUGUUUCAGAUGCAGAGAAGAGCAGAACAGAAACAGAGGUGCCGGCAUGUUCUCUGGGGAAGCCAGUUUCUAAGAAAUGGAAGAACAAACGAAAAAGAAGCCCUCGCCCGGGACCUAAUGAUAGCAGCACAAGAAAACCAAGUAGGGUAGUGUCUGAUUCUGGGCACAACGGAGCAGAUCCUGCAGCAGCUGUUUCAGAUGCAGAGAAGAGCAGAACAGAAACAGAGGUGCCGGCAUGUUCUCUGGGGAAGCCAGUUUCUAAGAAAUGGAAGAACAAACGUAAAAGAAGCCCUCGCCCGGGACCUAAUGAUAGCAGCACAAGAAAACCAAGUAAGGUAGUGGCUGAUUCUGGGCACAACGGAGCAGCUGUUUCAGAUGCAGCAACAGAGAUGCCGGCAUGCUCUCUGGGGAAGCCAGUUUCUAAGAAACAGAAGCACAAACGAAAAAGAAGCACUCGCCCGAGACCUGCUGAUCACAGCACAAGAAAACCAAGUAAGGUAGUGGCCGAUUCUGGGCACGAUGGAGCUGAUCCUGCAGCAGCUGAAAUUGCUGAAGAGGAACUGAAUCGCGAUAACUGCCAGGAAAAGAACAGUGCCAGUGAUCGAAGCGUUGUGCUUCCAAAAGGUUCCGAUUCCAUUGAAGCAGCAAUCUUGGCCUUGGAGGAAUAUGUGAACAAGGUGAAAUGGCUGAAGAAGCUUGUGCGAUGUGGAAUCUCAUCGUCUGAUACUCAGGUGCCUCAGUGGGAAUUUGUAGAAGAAAUCUCAUACUAGUAAAUAUGCAAAGCUAGAAAUUCUAUUGGCCCAGGUUUGUUUUAGCGCAUAUAUUGUCUUUUUUAGCGUUCAUCGAAAGUGUGACAUUUUCUUUUUAAGGAUAUGAUUUCACAUCUGUAUGUAAUAUGCAUAUAUAAUUCAAGAUAUAUUAGUUUCUAUGUUUAAUUCAAAAAAUAAAA